AUGUACAGCGAGAUCUUGGCUGACAUGAGUACUGCCGUCCCGGGCGCCUUUGAGCUCACCUAUCAGAAGGGACACCAGAGGGGCUGUGCCUUGCACGCCCUUCACUACUUUCUGAUGACGAAGCACGCUUCACUGCCAUGGGCUACUCAGAUGGCAGUAAAAGUCAAGGCCAAGUACCAAACCCGAGACAAGGCGGAAGCAAUGUGGCUAGGGUUGAGAGAAGCUGCAAGGCACAAACUCAGAACGGCCAACUUUAGCUAUGUGCAUAUCGCUGAAAUGCUCGGAUCGCCUGAGAGCCCUUUGAAAGAUCUUGGAUUAACAGCAUUUCAGAAGGCUUUGAAGAAUGCUGUGGGUGAAUCGUCUGCAGCAGCAUUGGCGAACCAGCAAGGCUUUCACCGGUUACGGUUUGCCACACGGGUGAGCCCUCGGUGCAUGGCAGCUUUGCGCUUGUACCAGGAAUUCGCAGAGGGCAAGCCAAGCAAGAGUCAUGAUGAGACUUUGAAUGGUGAGGAGCUGAUUCCCAUUUCCGUCUGGAAGAGUGACAGUAGAUUCUUGUUGCUUCCAGAGCACAGAGCCCGAGACGGAGCGGACGGCUUGAGGGAAGAGGAGCGGUACUACUGCAUCCAAUGCUUGAUCGCUGACCACAAAGGUUUGGUGCGCAAUGUGCUUGCUAGGCAUGAAUCUGCUGAAGAAGAUGAAGGAAAGAAGGCGAAAGGUUGUGCAUCCCUGAUGACUCCCGAAGGAAGGGAGCAUGGGCGAAAGGUGUUUUGGCUGUUAUGGCUAGCGGCUUCCCAUUUGUCACCCAGCAUCUGGGCAGACAGGGUUCUGUGGUUUGGCCUUUAA